AUGCGGAUCUCGGCGCCUGCAAACCUCAGCCAAGAAAGAAUUACUGAACUCAUCGAACAGUUCCUGAAAGGCCAGCUGCUUGGUCUGGAUCCUGCGGUCAACGUCACAGCCUUUCAGAAAGGUAAAAACACGUCUUUACUUUUAGCUUUAUUGAUGCACUGUUGCACAAUCAAGUACAGCGCCUACAAUGACAAUCACCACCGCUCCAACGACAACCGGUGGUGGUCCUCCAACAACCACAACUACAGCUCCUCCAACAACCACAACCACAGCUCCUCCAACAACCACAACUACAGCUCCUCCAACAACCACAACCACAGCUCCUCCAACAACCACAACUACAGCUCCUCCAACAACCACAACCACAGCUCCUCCAACAACCACCACAACUACAGCUCCUCUAACAACUACCACCACCACAGCUCCUCCAACAACUACCACAACUACAGCUCCUCCAACAACUACCACCCCCACGGCUCCUCCAACAACCACCACAACUACAGCUCCUCCAACAACUACCACCACCACAGCUCCUCCAACAACUACCACCACCACAGCUCCAACAACUACCACAACUACAGCUCCUCCAACAACUACCACAACUACAGCUCCUCCAACAACUACCACAACCACAGCUCCUCCAACAACUACCACAACUACAGCUCCUCCAACAACUACCAUAACUACAGCUCCUCCAACAACAACUACCACCACAGCUCCUCCAACAACCACCACCACAGCUCCUCCAACAACUACCACCACCACAGCUCCUCCAACAACUACCACAACCACAGCUCCCCCAACAACUACCACAACUACAGCUCCUCCAACAACUACCACCACCACAGCUCCUCCAACAACCACCACCACCACAGCUCCUCCAACAACUACCACAACUACAGCUCCUCCAACAACAACUACCACCACAGCUCCUCCAACAACCACCACCACAGCUCCUCCAACAACAACCACAACCACAGCUCCUCCAACAACCACCACAACUACAGCUCCUCUAACAACUACCACCACCACAGCUCCUCCAACAACUACCACAACUACAGCUCCUCCAACAACUACCACCCCCACGGCUCCUCCAACAACCACCACAACUACAGCUCCUCCAACAACUACCACCACCACAGCUCCUCCAACAACUACCACCACCACAGCUCCAACAACUACCACAACUACAGCUCCUCCAACAACUACCACAACUACAGCUCCUCCAACAACUACCACAACCAAAGCUCCUCCAACAACUACCACAACUACAGCUCCUCCAACAUCUACCAUAACUACAGCUCCUCCAACAACAACUACCACCACAGCUCCUCCAACAACUACCACAACCACAGCUCCUCCAACAACUACCACAACUACAGCUCCUCCAACAACUACCAUAACUACAGCUCCUCCAACAACAACUACAGCUCCUCCAACAACCACCACCACAGCUCCUCCAACAACUACCACCACCACAGCUCCUCCAACAACUACCACAACCACAGCUCCCCCAACAACUACCACAACCACAGCUCCUCCAACAACUACCACAACUACAGCUCCUCCAACAACUACCACCACCACAGCUCCUCCAACAACCACCACCACCACAGCUCCUCCAACAACUACCACAACUACAGCUCCUCCAACAACUACCACCACCACAGCUCCUCCAACAACUACCACAACUACAGCUCCUCCAACAACUACCACCCCCACGGCUCCUCCAACAACCACCACAACUACAGCUCCUCCAACAACUACCACCACCACAGCUCCUCCAACAACUACCACCACCACAGCUCCAACAACUACCACAACUACAGCUCCUCCAACAACUACCACAACUACAGCUCCUCCAACAACUACCACAACCACAGCUCCUCCAACAACUACCACAACUACAGCUCCUCCAACAACUACCAUAACUACAGCUCCUCCAACAACAACUACCACCACAGCUCCUCCAACAACUACCACAACCACAGCUCCUCCAACAACUACCACAACUACAGCUCCUCCAACAACUACCAUAACUACAGCUCCUCCAACAACUACCACAACCACAGCUCCUCCAACAACUACCACAACUACAGCUCCUCCAACAACUACCACAACUACAGCUCCUCCAACAACCACCACCACAGCUCCUCCAACAACUACCACCACCACAGCUCCUCCAACAACUACCACAACCACAGCUCCCCCAACAACUACCACAACCACAGCUCCUCCAACAACUACCACAACUACAGCUCCUCCAACAACUACCACCACCACACGCUCCUCCAACAACCACCACCACCACAGCUCCUCCAACAACUACCACAACUACAGCUCCUCCAACAACUACCACCACCACAGCUCCUCCAACAACUACCACAACCACAGCUCCUCCAACAACUACCACAACUACAGCUCCUCCAACAACUACCAUAA